UAUCAAACAUUACGUUACAUUAAUUCAAACAUAACGCUAGCCUGUUCUUUAUAUUACAACAAUGCCUUGCUUAAAUAUUUUCACGAACAUCGCCAAGUCCCAAAUACCACAAAACCUUGUCUCAAAAAUUAUCCCGGUUCUCGUGAAGGGUGUGAAAAAACCACCUGAGAAAUUCAUCUGCGUGGUCAAUGCCGAUUGCUUCUUGAAUAUGAAGGAAGACUCGGCAACGCCUGGUAUCGUAGCCACGCUGGAAUCCAUAGGACAUUUAGGUCCAGAGGAAAAUGACAUCAUUGUUAAGGAGCUUGCGAAAUUCUUUGAAACAGAACUUGGCGUGCAACCCAGCAGGUUCUUCCUAACACUUUACGAUCUGGAAAAACAUAAUGUCGCAAUAAACGCAAGCACCGUUAAAGCGUAAUAAAUAAUACUUCAUACAUUUAAAAUAAUUUUUAUGAAGCAAAAAGCUGAAAAAAAAUCAAUUUCCCAUUGUUAUAUUGUACUAAUAAAUAACUGUUUUAUAUAAUUAAAA